AUGGCGGACAAUCCUCAAAGCGCCUCAACAGGGGCUACGGCCGAACCACUCGAAGCAGCAAACGAAAAGGGCGCUGUCCCCGCUCAAUAUGACCCCGACACAAUCAACCGUAACCUCGAGGCAAAGAUCAAGAACCCUCUCGAGGGAAUCUCUUACGAUAAGCUCAUGUCCGACGUUGCCGUCUUCGUCCAGGAGAAGGACCUGAGAGAGCACGAGCCUCUCUUCCGCAAGGGCGCUCUCAUCGCCCAGAAUCCCGAUGGAUUCGGCGAGAUCACCAGAUCCGAAACCCUCACCGAUGAGGAGAAAGAAACCCUCCGGCUCGAGAAGGAGCACAGGUGGCGCAUGCCCAUGAAGCUCAUCCUCACCAUCGCCACCUGCUCCAUCGGCGCCGCCGUCCAGGGCUGGGACCAGACCGGCGUCAACGGCGCAAACAUCUUCCUCCCCAGAUAUUACGGCAUCGAUGGCGACAGCGUGCGCGACACCUUCAUCCUCGGCAUCCUCAAUGCCGGUCCUUACCUGGGCAGCGCCUUCUGCGGUUGCUGGCUAGCCGAUCCCCUGAACUACUACUUCGGUCGCCGCGGCGUCAUCUGGUUCUCCGCUCACUUCUGCAUCUGGCCCCUGAUUGGGUCCGCUUUCGCUCAGACCUGGGGUCAACAGUUGGCCUGCCGUCUCCUGAUGGGUAUCGGCAUGGGCGUCAAGGCUGCUACCGUUCCUAUUUAUGCUGCAGAAAACUCGCCGGCUUCGGUUCGUGGCGCCCUGGUCAUGUCAUGGCAAAUGUGGACCGCCUUCGGCAUCAUGCUUGGUACUGCUGUCAACUUGGGUCUUUAUAACGUUCAGCACAACUGGCGCCUCAUGCUCGGAGCCCCCUUCCUCCCUGCCGUCCCGCUUCUGAUCCUCAUCUACUUUUGCCCGGAAUCGCCCCGUUGGUACAUGAAGAAAAACCGCUAUGCCGAUGCCUGGGGUUCGAUGGUUCAGUUGCGGCAUCACCCCAUCCAAGUGGCCCGCGACAUGUACGCCAUCCACUCCCAGCUCGUCAUCGAACACGAGCUCCUGAGCCAGAACAACUACGUCACCCGCUUCGUGCAGCUCUUCACCAUCCCUCGUGUGCGCCGUGCCAACUUGGCCGCCUUUACCGUGAUGAUUGCCCAGCAGAUGUGCGGUAUCAACAUCAUUGCUUUCUACUCCACCACCAUUUUCCGCGAGGCCGGUCAGUCUGAAUACCAAGCCCUGCUUGGCUCCUUCGGCUUCGGCCUGGUCAACUGGCUCUUCGCCUUCCCGGCCUUCUGGACCAUCGACACCUUUGGCCGCCGCUCCCUCCUGCUGUUCACCUUCCCCCAGAUGACCUGGACCCUGCUCGCGGCCGGCUGCCUGACGCUCCUGGACCAGGAGACGUACGGCAUCACGCGUACCGCUCUUGUCACCCUCUUCGUCUACCUGUUCGCCGCCUUUUACUCGCCCGGCGAGGGCCCCGUGCCCUUCACCUACUCGGCCGAGGUCUACCCGCUCUCCCACCGCGAGGUCGGCAUGGGCUUCGCCGUCGCGACGUGCCUCUUCUGGGCCGCCAUCCUCGGCAUGACCUUCCCCUUCAUCCUCCGCCGCCUCGGCACCGUCGGCGCCUUCGGCCUGUACGCGGGCUUCAACUUUCUCGCCCUGAUCAUGAUCUUCUUCUGCGUCCCCGAGACCAAGCAGCGCACCCUCGAGGAGCUCGACUACGUCUUCGCCGUGCCCACCUCCCGCUUCGCCAGGUACCAGCUCACCAAGGCGCUGCCGUGGUUCUUCAAGCGGUGGGUCCUCUUCCAGCGCGAUGCUGAGCUGGAGCCGCUGUAUACUUUGAACCCGCCCGCCGCCGCUGCUGCCGCCCCUGCUCAGCAGCAGCAGGCAGCGGCCCCUGGCGGUGGUGCCGGGGGUGGCAGUGGCGACAGCGAGGCCUCGUACUCGGAACGUACGGGCGUCGAGACCCCGGCCGCGGAGAAUAAGACCGCCGGCGUCGAGGUGGAGGUGGAGGACAGGCCCCAGGACUAA